CUCACAGUGUCCAGCGACGCCAUGGGCCAGACACCGAGCUUUGCCUUCUUUCCUGCCUUGGGGAGCACGCACACCGUGCCGAUUCCCACGCCCUCUGCAUCUGAUAACGAUAGCAGAGACAAGAUUCGUGAGGGGGCGGGCGUGCAACUGGUGUUCAGAGCACGCUUAAACAGGGAAGAGGCACUCGGUUGUCAACGUGAUAGCGUGCAACUUCAGGCGUGGACGGAUGCCCCGGUUGAGGGACGCGGGACAGGCGAAUGGGCUGCCUACACUUUUUUGCAGCCCGAUGUCGACCUCCCUUCCCAUGGGCUGGUGGACUCCGAAGCCGCUCCGUUUGUGCCGUCGUCUGACGCUGUAGUGGAGCCAGAACCAGAGGGCCAGGCCUGCUGGACGCUCAAGCUGCGGCUGCGGCGGGACGCUCUAGGCGAAGGCGAGUCCGAGCGUCGGUUCUUGCUCACCUAUAGGCUGCUCUAUCCCAACGGGGAGGUGCGCUGGCUGGGCUCGCCGGGGCACGACGUUGUGUGUGUUCUCCAGCGGGCGGACCCUUGGCUCGAUGUCUCGGACGCUUGGGCCGUAGCGCCGCGGGACGGUGGCCGUGAUUUCGAAGCCCGCGGCCAGGCGGAGGCAGAUUCUCACUCUGUAGAAUUUGCUCGGGUGCGCCAGGCAGACCGCUGGGGCUGCUGGGCCAUCGGGGAUUCAAGUGUUCGAUAUCACGAAACAGGAUCAGAGGUGACAGGGGCAACCUUCAUCGUGCUCCUCACUACCCCUGGACGCGGCACUUUCGCGCUGCAACAGCCCGUCGCACUGCACGCGCGUUCGGGUGGCACGCUCUCGCUCUCUGCCUCCGGCAUCGUGACUUGCUCACCCAAUACCCUCGUCCACGUCUGCUCGUUGGUGUUCUCGAGAUUUAUCCCUUCCCUCAAUGCCGCCGCGUCCGCUCUCAAUCUGCGUUGUCUCGGCACUCACUCAGGCCACGUCGUUCUAUCUUCGACAGAGUACCCCGCGCUCGUCUCUUUCAUCCCUCUUUCCAGCGACUUGGGCACCGCCGCGACCAUGUCUUUCCACGCCCUGUUCGGUAAUCUGGGGCCUUCCUGCGGCAGACGGCGUUGCCCUUUAUGUGAUGUACAGCCAAUCUAUGCUGCGCCUAGUAGAAGCCACAAAACCCGUCGCGUUCAGCGUGGGCCCG